CAUCGCAGCUCCAGUCACGUACAACUCACUGGCGUUGCAGCACGCGCUACUUAGUCCCGCUUGAAAACCGCAAAAAAGUCAACAAACAUAGUCUUUUAUUCAGAUUUGUCUCAUUUUAAAGAUCGCAAUUUGAAUCACUAUUGUUCUAACGUUGUGAACUUGUUGACGGACAGUGUUGUGUGUGGCGUGGGGGUUUGUUUUGUGUGAUAUCAGCUGUGACGAUGACCAAAGACCGCACCAGUGAAUUUCAAAUGGCUCGUGAUUACAACGAACCGAAUAGUGGAAAAAAUCGCAAAAGUGACUGUAAAGGUUUUCAGAUCAGCGGAAUGGAGGAAGACUGUAAUUGGAUAGCAGCAAUGGAGACCAUUAUUAAAGCGAUUAAGAAGAUACAUAGAGAAAUCUUGUUGACUAUACAAACAGAUAAAAGUUGUCAGAAUGAGCUCGAAAACCUCAUGACUGACAUGCAGAUCGCAGCGUUUAACCUGCGAGAGCGAUUGCACGAGAUGGAAAAAAACAUAGAACAGAAAGAAAAAACGUACAAUUCACUCGACGAAGUACCUUCAACAAAGAAAUCAGAACCAGCAAGCUUGAGAAUGAUGCGAAUUAACCAUUCGACAAUAAAGCACAAAUUUUGUACGAUAAUGAAAGAGUACAAUAGUAUGCAGCUCGAAUAUAGGGACAGAUGUCGUGAGAGGAUUCGCAGAGAACUUCACGUCAUUGGACGAGAUGUGACGGAUCACGAACUGGAUGAACUUUUGGAGCAACCUUUGGAGAAUGUGUUUGUGGACGCUCUAAACGAGCGGGCGCAGCUGACGAUGAACGAUGUUGAAGCAAGACAUCGCGACCUAGUGAAAUUGGAACAGUCAAUUCGCGAAAUGCAAGAACUGUUCCUGAACCUGUCGAUCAUAGUCGAGAAGCAACAAGACAUAGUAGACCACAUCGAGUUCAACGUUAGCGCGACUCAAAAUUACGUUGGACGAGCCAAAGAAGAAGUCAGGCAAGCUGAAAGGACACGGAUCAGGGCUAGAAAGAGGACUUUGUGUUUGCUUGUUGGAUUGGCAGUUGUUGUGGCUGUGAUUGUUGUUAUUCUUUCAUUUUAAAAUUCAAGACUGUUUCAUCCCUUAUAUAUCCCACAGCUGGACAGGAGUUUCUUCUAUGUCUAAGUACACUACAAAGACACGUUUAAGGUUAAAGUAAAGUAGAAAAAUUCGUUGAGAAAAGGUAGUAAUGUUUUUAUUUUAUUAUUUCCGUAAGUUUUGGUUGCGAUUAAAAAUAACUUCAAGCGUAACACGCAUGACACACUGCAAUUAUAAAAUUGUUUAACCACAAAUCCGCAAAGAUUCUUCGCCGAUCGCCGCAGUACUACAUUGUUAUAAUGGUAUGUAUUGACUAUAUGUAUUAUUUUUGUUUAAGUCAGCGUGUUGGUCCAUGUUUGGGAUGGCCGUGAACUGCGAGCAGGGCACUUAUUUAGCUGCACUCAUUCCGCUACUGCGAUCAAUUAGCGGUAUGUGUUUUAGAUCUACGUUACCAAAUAACCUCAGUACAGAGUGGGUACUAAAAAAAUCGACGUUUUAUUCGGUUACCGGAAAGUGCGCAAACCGGAUUCAUCCCCUAGUUUGCCGCUUAAAGGUGGAAUAUUUUCUUCAAAUUUAAAUGGGACCAAUCUCUGAGGUAGGUACUUACUGUCUCUUUCCAACAAAAAAGAAUUAUCAAAAUCGAUUCACAAAUUAUCCGAAGUUAUCGAGUAAUAUACAU